CUCAAAGACUCAAAGAUCGAAGAGGUUGGUUUGAUCGGCAACCCUCCGUUGCCGCUCCAUAAGACCACAUCCUCUUCUAGUAGCUAUCAAGUUGCUAGCUUAUUAUCUAUCUAUCGUCUUGAUUUGUCAUAAAGUUUUAAAAUAAUCAAUCACCAUGGCCGCUGCGGAAGCCCGUGCCAUGCUGGAUGCCCUCAUGGGCGGCGAUCGGGAUGCGCCACUGCCGGCGGGUGCCGCCAUGCCCUUGUCGAAAAAGAAGAAACGCAAAGCCGCCGGUGGCGAAAUGCUGUUAUUGCCAGGAAAGCGUUCCAAGUCUUGUUUUGACAAUGACAUUGAUCCACUCUACUGUGCGUGGGGCGUCGAUGUCUACGAGCUAUUUGUCAAUACCAAAUCGGACAUUGGACCCAAUCCGUAUCAAGUCGACGAAGGAGCGCGGCAAGAGUUUUUGAAAUUGUCUCCUCCCGAACAGGAACGAUUGGGAUUUCAUUACUUUUUGUACCAAAAGUUGCAGGAAUUGGUCCGGAGUGGAGAUCGAACGGUGGCCCGAAACAAGGAGAAAUUGGCGCAGGAAUUACGCCGAUUGGCCGCCAAGCGAGGCGCCAAUCCGUCCCAACAACCGGUAGUGGACUAUGUCAAGGAUGUCGAUGAACAGGCCGUCGAGGCAGUGGCACGCAAUCAACUGGAAUUAGAGUUCUUGCAGGAAAAGUUGGACACGGAACUGCUACCCAAACUCAAUGAUAUGCAAGAGCAAGAAGAUCAUCUCAAAGAAGAACUCUCCAAACUGUUAGGGGAACAACGAGAAAUGGAUGAACAAUUCAAAAAGAAAACACUAGAAGACAGCGCUAUGCAAGAAGAAAAGGAAAAGGAGGCUACGGAGGACGACAAGGGAACAGAUAUCCAGCAAGAAGGAGAAGAAGCAACCAAAGUCAAGCAAGAAGAGGAUGAUAAUGACAACAAAGAAAACACGGCUACUAGCGAAGAAGCUACUCAAGUCAAGCAGGAAGAAAAAGAGGAAGAAAACAACAACGACAAAUCACAACCAGAAAAGAAUCCUCGCACGCAGGAACUCCAAGUGGAAUUGGGAAAAUUGACACUCCAAAAACAAAAGGUCCUUUGGGAGGUAUCCCGGACUCUCAGUCAAACGGGACCACUCCAAGAAGGCAUUGAUGGACAGCAUCGAAAUUUGCUCUACGUCAAAUCGGAUAUUGCCGUGGAUAAAACUGUCUGUGAAGUUUCCGGGAACUUUAUGAGUGCGCGUGAUGCCGAUGAACGCAUUGCCGCUCACUACGCCGGGAAACAAUACGUGGGGUGGAAACUGGUACGUGAAAAAUUCAAGGAAAUGAUGGCCAAGUACGGACGGUAUGGACCGCCACCGCCCGAUCGGAGAGGUGGAUCGGCGGGUGCUCCCAUGGGGAUGCACAAUAGUAGAGGAGGUGGUCCACCGCCUUCCCGAGGUGGUGGAUAUGGUGGUGGUGGACGAGGAGGCGGUGGUUUUGAUCGAGAUCGUGGUGGUGGCGGUGGUUAUGGAGGAGGUGGUGGUGGAUAUGGCGGAAGAGGACGUGGACGAUUCGAUUCGGGACGUGGUCCUCCAGAUCGAGGAGGUAGAUGGGAGAGACAUGGACCUGGUGGACCUCCUCGGGGUGAUUACAAUCGCGGUGGCGGUGGUCGUGGCGGAUGGAGACGAUGAGUGAGUGAUGAAGAGUGUUACGUACGGUGAUGUUGCAAGAGGAAACGGUCAGGCUAAAUUGGCCCCGUUUGAUGGGUGUGGAGAUGAUCGAAUACUACGGAAUCAAUGUAGAACAUAGUAUGGGUUAACUCUGACGUUUCUCAGUUUGGCAUGCGAUCAUCCAGUACUAGCUAGAAAGCACACAAUAAGUUGCUGCCUGCCUCCACCAAUCCACAAUGGCACACCCACCGUGCGUUCGAUAGUUCA